AUGUCCUCUGGACCCGAGACCCUGGGGGGCGAAUCCCGCAAGCUCUCGUCCGACACAGCAGCAGCAGGUGCUGCUACUGCUCCUGUCGCCUUGUCCACCAGCGACGACUCCGCAGAGCCUCCUGUGACUAGUACUAGUGGACAGACCAUCUCUCCUGCAAGUGUUAAACGUCAGCUGCCGGAGACCGCGGACGUCGAUCCCGAAGCCUCUGCCCAGGGCGCUGCCAAGUCCGAUGAUGCAGAAAAGAGUCGUUCCAAGCGAGUGCGGCCACCAGCCCCUGCUGUCAAGCUAUUACCACGCCGCUAUGAGCUGGCUGAUCCGGUUGACAUGGUCGUCUUGAUCUCGGGCAUGAUCAUGGAGCUGAUCCAUUAUAAUGACAAUAUUCCUUUACAAGGCGGCAAGCUGACUCGAUUCCACUCGCGAACACCUCCCCGCAUUUCCGUGGGCGACUACUUGCAACGAAUAACAACUCACGCCACACUCUCUCCGCCAAUUCUUUUGAGUAUGGUAUUUUAUAUCGAUCGCCUGUGCGCUCUCUACCCGGCCUUUACCAUUUCAAGUCUGACAGUCCAUCGAUUCCUCAUUGUCAGCGCCACCGUUGCUAGCAAGGGUCUGAGCGACAGCUUUUGGACUAACAAGACCUAUGCCCGAGUCGGUGGUAUCAGCGUUAGCGAGUUAGCUAUGCUAGAGCUUGACUUCCUAUGGCGGUUAAAGUGGCAGAUCGUGCCGCAACCCGAAGAUCUUGUGAUCUACUAUGAAAACCUGGUCAAGCGGUCUGACUUGUAUGCAUUACAGCCGGAGACGGAACCUUCUCAGCCGCCUUGUGUUGAAAACGCACCAUGA